AUGAAUUGCAGAUUCUUGGAGGUCGGCAAAGCUAUCCAAAAAAGGAGCAUCUUCCGUGAUGAGUUGAAGAUUCUUGCCAAUUACUGGGUGGCAUCUGAUGAACUCAUGUCGUGGAAAGCCUUCUUUUUCCACGAUAUCAAAGAUCACGACGAUGGACUCGCGUGCGAUGAAAAAAGACGCUCACAACACAUCAGGUACACCGACCCAAGAACUGGCCGUGAUUACAUUAGAACCGACGGAGCCAUUGCGACAGUCGUGAAGUGGAACGAAGAUAUGGAUAUCACUGGUGCACUGUUCUAUGCGCAUAGAUUAAAACAAAUUGGAGCAACUUAUGUCGACACGAAGUAA